AUGUAUCUAUCAAUUUUAUUAGGUGCUAUUUGUGAUCAAGAUAUAGCAAAACAAUGCAAUUAUACUCCAGACGAUUUCAUCAACAAACCUAAAGAAGAUCUCAAAGAUUUUACUACAAAAAAUGUUUUAAAAUUAUUGCAUCCUGAAGAUGCAAAUUAUUUUAAUUUUGUUAAAACAAAUUACAAUGAUAAAUUUUUUAAUUGUAAUACUGAUCCACAAACUAAUAUACAAAAUACAAAAAUAAAAUCAAGGAAUAACAAUGAUGGAUUACAACAACUAAUCAAUAUAAUCAAUCUUAUUCAAAAUAUACAAAAAAAACCACCAGAACCCAAACCAGAUAAUAAAUCUGUUGAACCAGAAAAUAAUGAUCCAGAAGAACUUAUGGAUGAAUCUGAAACUAAUAAACCAGAUGAACCAAUGAAUGAACCAGAAACUAAUAAACCAGAUGAACCUAUAGAUGAACUAAAAACUAAAAACCCUGAUGAACUAAUGGAUGAACCAGAAUCUGAACCAGAUUAUGAUUUAAUUUUUAAUAUCAUAGAAAAAAAAAUUAAAUUGACCACUAGAACUGAAGCUGUAAAAUUGCUUGAUAAUAAAUCAAUUUUUGAUAAAAUAGAAAAUUCAGAAUUAAAAAAACAAGAUAAAACACGACUUCAUCAAUUAUAUCGAAUCUUGACCGCAUUACAAAUAUCAAACUCAUUAAAAUCGAUUAACGAAAAGAUUAAACUAAUAAAUGCUAAAAAAGAAUUUGACAAAAUUGCUGAAAAAAUUAAAAAUGAAAAUAAUGUUUUAAAAUUAAAUACUGAUAUCAAAAAUGAAAUAGAUUUCAAAACAGAAUACAUCACAGAAGACCAAAAGAAAGAACUUCAUAGAUUAUUAACAAAUAAAAUAUUUGAUGAUUUAAAAAAUAGUAUUAGAACUGAACAUUAUGCAUAUCAAUUAGAAGAUGAUAAUCACUAUGAUCAAAAAUCUAGUCCCAAAAGACUAGCCCCAGAAAAUGAUCAACCAACCACAGAAUACCCCAACAGAAAUACAGAUAAUGCAGCUCCGAUAAGAAAUGAUAGAGAAACAGCUAUAGUACAAAUUAACUUUAUCAUUAAUGAAUACAAAAAAACACUGAAUGCAGAUGAUCUAAAAAAAUUUGGUCGAGUGCAAACCAAUGAGGUUUGCAACAAAAUUCAAAAAGCACAUAAUAAUGCCAAAGAUAGAAAAACCUUAUUAGAUAUACUUUAUUAUAUUUGGGUGCUAGAUAAAAAUGAUCAAUUCUUGUUAUCAAAAAAAUAUAUUGUACGAAAAAUAAAUAAAGCAAAAAAAUUAGCAGAUG